CUUUGUUGCUGAUAUCAUGUACAUACGACACUUUCUAGUACCUCCUUCAUUGAACAUGUCAAUAGCUUUGUCAAUUUAUUGCCAAAAAAUGAUGAGAUAUCCAGCUGGCUAUGGAUUAGCGGUUUGUGAGUAUAUUGAAAUGGCUGUGACAUACAUCACCGGUCAAAAUGUCAUUGACAGGAAUGAACGCAUACUCCGGGCAUUGUACGAUUUCAAAUGGUAUCUCUUGCCGAUUGAUGAUCAAAAGGACUUGAUGCAUAUGAUGAUUCGAUUUCAAAAUGAAGCCACUUUCACAAUUGGACCAUUUGAAGAACUCAAUUACGAAACCAUAAAACUGGCAAGCAUAUUUUCAUUUAUAUAA